UAUUAUUUUUCGUUCAAUCAUUUUCAUAAAAAUAAAGUCUAUCAUCUAAACAAGAAACAAUGGAUACAGUUGAAUAUACCAUCAUUGAAAAAAUACCGGUAACUCCACUCGUAUUCCCCAACAACACCAGCGAACAAGGAAAGCUCCCAUAUGAGGUAGAUAUCCGAGAAGUUAUCCGCAACAACAUCGUUUUCAGAGUACAUUCGCUAGUGUACACAUGCAGUGAUUGUGAUCGUAAAUUCAACAAUACUGGUAACUUUGAACGCCACGUGCAAACUCACCGAAAUCGAAAACGUCCUUAUCUCUGUGAUGGAUGCAACAUGGAGUUUACAUCGUAUACCAAGUACCUACAGCAUAGGGAAAGUCACAACAUUGCAUGUCCCGAAUGUCAGUACACGUUCAGAACCAAUUCCCAGCUAACGAUGCACAGGCGGAAGAAUCACAAACAGGAUCGCCCCUUUCGAUGCGAUACGUGCGGUAAAAGCUUUCAAACAGCUUGGAAUCUGAAGCAACAUGAACGCACUCACCAGGCAGCUUCUCACUGUUGCGAAUUUUGCUCGAAGGCGUACAAGCGGAAGGAGGAUCUACUGAAGCAUUACGAAACGCACUGA